AACGGCUAUGGCCCAUUUUUUCAAUUUUGUGAUUGGGGAAGCGCCAAGUGCUCGUCGUCAUACCCAACUUGAAUAGCUCCAACAAACUGCUAAUUAGUAACGGCAACCUAUUAUUCCCAGUUAAAGUGGUGUUUAUGUAUUUUAUUGACAGUUUAUAAGCAGUUUUUGUUAAAGAAAUGGGUGCUUGUGUCGAUGGAAUUCCGCUCUCCGACAAAGAUGAUGGAACCAAGAGUGAACCUUCCAGUAACCAAUUUAACGCUGACUUGAUAAUAGAAAGGCUUUUAGAAGUUCGUGGACAGAGACCAGGAAAACAAGUUAAUCUGAAAGAGGAAGAAAUAAGAGAACUUUGUUUGCGUUCACGAGAAAUAUUUCUUUCCCAGAAGCCUCUUUUAGAACUAGAGGCACCCAUUCGUAUUUGUGGCGAUAUUCAUGGUCAAUAUCAUGAUUUAUUAAGACUUUUCGAAUACGGUGGAUUUCCCCCAGAGUCCAAUUACCUAUUUUUAGGUGACUAUGUUGACAGAGGGAAACAAAGUAUUGAAACUAUUUGUCUUCUGUUAGCUUAUAAGGUGAAAUAUCCCGAAAAUUUUUUUAUUCUUCGUGGAAAUCACGAGUGUGCCAAUAUCAACCGUAUAUAUGGUUUCUAUGACGAAUGUCGUCGAAGGUAUAAUGUGAAACUCUGGAAGACCUUUUGUGACGUAUUCAAUUGUCUUCCCAUCGCAGCAAUCAUUGAUGAGAAGAUAUUCUGUACACAUGGAGGUUUAUCUCCUGAACUGACUUCUAUGGAUCAAAUUAGAAGAAUUACGAGACCCACUGAUGUUCCCGACCAGGGAUUAUUGUGUGAUUUAUUAUGGAGUGACCCUGAAAAGGACAUCAAAGGUUGGGGUGAAAAUGAUCGUGGCGUUUCUUUUACGUUUGGAGAAGACGUAGUGGAGAGAUUCCUGCAGCGAUUCGAUUUGGAUUUAGUAUGUAGAGCACACCAAGUAGUAGAAGAUGGCUACGAAUUUUUUGGUGAUCGUAAGCUAGUAACCAUAUUUUCCGCUCCAAACUAUUGUGGAGAAUUUGACAACGCAGGGGCGAUGAUGAGUGUAGACGAAACGCUCAUGUGUAGCUUUCAAAUUCUAAAACCAGCUGAGAAGAGCCAGAAACUACAACUGUCUGGAUUAUGCUAUCCGAUGUCUCCCCAAAGCUCUUCUAUAGCCAACUCCAGUGUUUCUCCUGUGACACCGCCAAAGACGAAAAAGAAGAAAUAAUCAACUUUUUACACUUUGUCAUUAUCUUUUCCUAUUUGAAAGAAACGUAGAAAAUAAAAUCAAUUCCUUGCUU